AACUAAUUAUGGAAAUCACCGAGCCGACACUGUGCAUUUACUAUGUGAGCAAAGCUUUGGCGCUGGCGCCAUUCUCGGUACGCCGAAACUCGAAGGGUGUGUUGGAUAUUCGACGCAGCGUCAUGUUCUCGGUUUAUUCCGCCUCAUUGUGCUUGCUAAUGGUCUUUUUGACCUAUCAGGGACUUUUGUUCGAUGCAAAUUCGCAGAUGCCAGUGCGCCCAUCUUUUAGAAUGAAAUCAGCCACAUCGAAAGUGGUCACAGCCUUAGAUGUUUCGGUUGUGGUGUUCGCGUGUUCGGCAGGAGUCGGUUGUGGCUUGUGGGGAUAUCGCGCAACGCGUGAGCUAAACACGCGACUGAGAAAGGUCGAUGAUUCGUUGCAUUCAUUUUCCAAUUUUAAACGAGAUCGCAUAUUGGCGAUAUUAAUGCUGGGCCUACCGUUAAUAGCAAUCACAUCGAUUUUAGGAUUGGACCUCUCGACUUGGCUACGUUUUGCCAUUGAAAUGAGAACGCCCACAGAUGAUACGGAGCUUAAUGUACAAUGGUACAUACCCUUUUAUAGUCUCUACUUCAUAUUAACGGGCUUGCAAAUCAAUUUUGCCAAUACCGCGUUUGGCCUGGGUAGACGUUUUCGGCGUCUAAAUGUGAUGUUGAGAAAUAGUUUUCUAAAAGAUGCUGAUAGCAGCCAAAAGUACGUUCCCUUAAAACCAUUAAUCACAACUGUGAAAGUGGUGUCGCAGCAUCCGUUAGCUUUACACCAAAGUCUAUCAAAAUUGACCCAUGUUCCAGUUCAAGACUCAGCUAAGAAUAAAGUCGCCUUACUAAGAUUGCUUGAAGAAAACCACGAGUCUUUGGGCAAAUGCAUGCGCUUAGUAUCCAAUUCGCAUGGCGUGGCAGUGCUCUUCAUAUUGGUCUCCUGCCUGCUGCACUUGGUCGCCACUUCAUAUUUCCUCUUUUUGGAGUUGCUAAGUAAAAAGGACAGCGGCAUGGUGUGGUUGCAAGUGUUGUGGAUUAUCUUUCAUUCGCUGCGCUUAAUAUUAGUCGUUGAGCCAUGUCAUUUGGCAACCGUAGAGUCCAAAAAGACCAUACAAAUAGUGUGCGAAAUUGAGCGUAAAAUUCACGAUCCAAUAUUGACCGAGGAGGUGAAAAAGUUUUGGCAACAAUUACUUGUGGUGGAUGUGGAAUUUUCGGCGAGUGGUCUUUGUCGUGUUAACCGAACGCUACUAACUUCGUUCAGCUCGGCUAUUUGCACAUAUCUCGUAAUACUCAUACAAUUUCAAAACACCAAUGGCUAAACUGUUUGAGAAGUAUUCUGAUAUAUAGUAAAUAAAUAUUAUUUUAAAAUAACUAAUAAAAAUUUGUGUUCUGGUGUAAAAAUUGGAUAAUUUCACGAUUGACAAAUCAAAUUGAAA